AUGGAUCGUUUUGCCUCCAGUUCGCGCAUCCCUGGGCCGGCUGCCGGCUCGGAGCGAAGCAGCGCCGGAACGAGUGGGUCCGGAAGUAAUUUAACGGCUGGUACGAGUGGAAUGAAUGGUAGUGCAGAUGCCAGUAGCGCUAGCGGAAAGCUUAGUCUUAAAAUCAGCACUGCUGCCGCUGAGGGUCUCAGCAGCGGUGCCGCUCUCAACUCGCGGUCGGCAGCAGCUUCCGGUAAGAACGCUCCUCGAUUUAAGUACAAACGCACACCGUCACCCCGCGCCUUGCGGGACGGCUCCCCCCGAAGCCGCCGCCCCGCGUCUCCUCGACGUGCGUCUCCCAAGGGCCCUCCGCGCACCCUAGGCGCGGCGGAGAAAUGGGCGGCGGCGCUGGCGCAAGAGCGCAUGCAACAAGGAGCGGUUCCCCACUCUGUUGAUUCUGGGUUUCUUUCGGAGCCCGAGGGUGGGGGAAUGCGCGCAGCGUUGCGUGCACGGGCGCAUGGGGGAAGCGCUGGCGUUGCAGGCGCAGCCGCAAUCCGCGCAAUGACGGCGCAGCGUUUUGCGACAGAAGCCGCGCAGCUACGUGGAUUGGAGCAGGCGCUGGCGCGAGCGGGCUCCUCUGCAGCGGCCGUUAGCGGGAAUGGCGGAAAAGCGUCGGCUACUGUGGGUGAACAAAAGGCCACGGGUUCAAGUGUCACGACUGCAGCGAAAGGCAACAAUCUGAUGACGCAGCUGCUCCAUUCAAGCACACUCGCUUCUAUCACUGCAACAGGCAUGGGAGGGGCAGGUUCGUCGAAUCAAGCGAACCAGCUUUCUAAGCCUGCGGUAGCUACAGUCUACCACCUCCGCGCGCACCCCGCGGGGGCCUCUGCGCUACAGAUCUCCCCGCUCUUCCUUGCGUACCUCGAUGCUUCCAAGAAGCUUCACGGAUACAGCGUGUUCGAGCUCUCGUGUCAGCUAUCGUCCGUCCACCUCUGGCCGCAACCGGCGGCGCAGUUCAAGGGGGUCGCAAUGCGCCUGCUGCACGCAGGGGGAGCUCCGCAACAGCGCUCCGCCGCGCGGCCGGCGGGGGGAAAAUGCGCGGACUGGGAGGCGCUGCAGCGGAGUCCGCUGUUGCAGUUUUACGUUUUCUGCCGCCAGAUGCUGCUCGAUCUCCUCGCUUCCUCUGCCGCUGCACUCGACGUUUGCCCCCUGGCGCGCGCUGAGGCGGCUGACGUGGCUGGUGGGCCGAAUGCGAAUGCGAAUGCGAAUGCGAGUGCGAAGGCGGCGUUUUCGGGCAUCGCGCUGUCGUUCGCGCGCAAGCUGUCGGACCUGCGCUGCCUCCAAGCCGCCAUGGGCGUCUGUUCUCGCUGCCGAAAAGUCUCCGGUCCUCGCGGCGAUGCUGCGUGCGUUUGCGCAUCUGACGGCGGGAAUGACGGCGUGUCUCCUCCGCAACUCGCGGAGAAGUGGCUGGCGAUCUGCCGUGGACGAGAGGAGCCGGAAGGUCCAGCGAGAAUAGCGGCGGAUGGGGGAGGGGAGAGUAACGGCACAAGCAGGAAAAGCGCGGGAAGGGCUGCUAUUGGCUCGUGGGAGAGCGAGGGCGCGGAGAUGUUGGAGGUGGUCGCUCGAGUGAUCACAGCCGUCAGAUCUCAUGAAAUCAUCGGCAAGUUCAAAGAGCGCAUGGCGGAGAUCGACGGGGCGGAGAGCGCAGGUAGAGGGGAAAUGGGGAGUGCCCGAUCGGCGGAGGCGCAGGCGGUGAAAGAAGCGGAAGAGCGCGUGGCGGGAGCGCUGGAGCGCGCAUGGGUGGGGGACUGGGAGGAGAGCGAGGGGGGACAGGGGGAGAGCGGAAGAGGAAGCGGAAACCUGGUGCCCGUGAUCGUGCCGUGCCGCGCCCAUACUGCUGCUUCGGCCUCUUCCGCUUCUUCCGCCUCCUCCGCGUCGUCCGCCGCCUCGCUGCAGCUUCAGCUCGUGAUGCUGCCCUUCGUUCUGCCCCUCUCUAAGCGCGAGCAGCGCCAACCGCAGCAGCAGCUCUCUCACACAAACAUCCGCGCCCAGCCAACCAAAAGCGGGCACGUGUUCCCCUCGCAGCCGCGUGACGUGGCGCGCUGGCUCGUGCACAUGGCAUGCGUCGACGCCUCGUUGCGCCACAUGGCAGCUGCUGACGUGGACCGCGUACUCUGGGCGCUGGAGCGGGGCCUCGUCCACGUGACAUGCUCGGUCGCGAACCGCUCAGGCUCGACAACAGCCUCAGCAGCAGGCUCGGCAGGGAGGCUCGGAGAGCGAGAGAGGCUGCUGAGGAUGCAGCAGCAGGUAACGGCUCUGGUAACUCUGGUCCUGGAGCCGCAAAUCCCGGCGUCCUUGGCGCCUGCUGCUGCGGGUGGUGCUACGGGUGGUGGCGGUCGGAAGGCGAUAGAAGUGGCAAGCCUUGAAAGUAGCAAUUCUGUGAGCAAUGCUUCGUCUGCUCAGGCUGCUGCCGAUGCUGUUGCCCCCGUCGCUGCUGCAGACGCCGCUGCCCCUGCUUCUUCCCCUGCUGGUCCUCCUGUCGCCGCCGCCGCCGCCGCCGCUGCCGCUUGUCGCGGCUCGGACGCUUCCGCCGCCACAUCCGCUGCGGUGGUGCUUGUGCCGGCCGAGAGUGACUGUAAUGGCGGUUCAGAAGCAGCCGGGAAGGAGGAGGAAACACACAGUGACGCGCAAUUUGGCAUGCCGGCGGCGUUGCUGCCGUCCAAGCUCGCUGCCUUCGCUGAUAUCGGGCUGCCGGCUGCCUCUCUUGGUGCCGGCGCGUUUGGUGAUAUUGGCCUCCCCGCCGCCUCCGCUGCUGCGAGUGAGGAGGCGGAGAGUGAGGAGUGGCAUGACGCGGAGGAAGAGGGGGAGCAGGCGGAAGAAGAGGGGGGAGAGCAGAGGGGGGUUAAGGUGGGAGAAGCGGAGGGGGAACGGGGGGUGCAGGCGGAAGGGGAAGAGCAGGGGAAGAAUGAGGAAGAGGCGACAGUGGAGAGCAAGAGUGGUAAUGAUGAGUCGCGGUCCAACGCGGUGCAAGGCGAUGCUGGCGCUCAGAAAUCCCUCGUGUGCGUUCCAGAAGAGGAAGACGUUGCAGAAGAGGAGGAGCGAGGAGAGGGAGGCGAGGCGGCGAGAGAGGAGGAGAGAGAGAAGGUGAGAAAAGAGGGAGUGAAGGCGGAAAAGGUGGAGAGAAAGGAUGAGAAGGUGGGAGAGGAGGGGGAGAGGAGGGAGGAAGAGAAGAGGAUUGAAGAGGAGGGAGGGGGCGAGCAAGAAGAGGUGCUUCUGGCGCAACUGGCGGCACUGAUGCCGGCGGAAGGGACGUGCGACCGAAGCAGCGGGCAGACAGGCGGAGGCGGAGACGCAGGCGGAGCUGCAUUGGUGAGUUGUGCGCAGGCAGGCGGCGGAAAGACUAUGGCCGCGCAGAUAGAGGGGGAGGUUGCGGAGGAGAAGCGGGGAGGGGGGAAGGUGGCGGAAGAUGAAAGCGGAGAGGGGGUAAAGCGCGGAGGAGCGCGCAAGUGGAUGGACGUGGGGGACAUGGUUGCGCUGUGCGAGAGUAUGCUGCAGGGGGAGGGCGGAGUGGGGGAGAAUGGGGAGGGGGAGGGAGAGGCGGAGAACGGGAAGAAGCGGCAGGUUUGCGGUGGUGAGGCGGAAUCAAAGAGAGGUGGUAAGGCUGAUAGAGAGAGCGGCGGAGACAGCGGGAGUGGAAGCGGGGGUUGCAGUAACCAAGGGUCGGAAGGCAGUGCGACUGCAGAGGGGGCGGACUCUCUGCCUGUGCUGCUCGCCUGCGCCUCCCCGCCCAUGUCUCCGCGUGCACGGCCCGCCGUCCAAUCGUCCUCCGCCACGUCAUCACCCGCCUUCCGCGCGCAGCUGCCGUCAGCAGCGCUAGAGUGGCGCGGAAAGACCGCCGCAUCUUCCGCGUAUGCUUCCCCCAAGGCUGCGCCAGCAUCACUCUCCGCGCUCGCAUCACCCAAAGCCGCGCCUGCUGCUUUCACGUCCCCGGCACUGCGCGCUGCUGCCGCCGCCAGAGCCGCCGCCGCCGCCGCCACUGCAGCCGUCGCCCGCAGCAAGGAUGGGCGCGCGGCGGGUGUAGGGGGCGGGGAGAGCAACACUCACAUGCCAUCCUCAUCGUCAGCGGUGCACUCGCCGCUGCUGUCGCGAAUGCAGCAGCGCGUGAAAGGGGAGGGAGCCACGCAGGGCUCCCCGGAUGCCGCCAGGAUGCGCGCCGCGGAACUUCCGCCGCCGCUAGACCUCAGCUGGCCGCAUGACGUCACCACUCCUGCUGCUGCUACUGCUGGUGCUUCUGCCGGUGCUGGUGCAUCAGGGAAUGGGGAUGCGGGGUUGAGAACGAGUGGCGGAUGGCAGCGGCAGGGGGAAUCGAUGGCGGCGAAGGCGGCGGUGGUGCGCGCGGAGGCGGCUGCGGCGGCGGUGACGGCGCUGGUGGCGCGCAUCGCGCAGGAGCAGGAGCUCAUGCGGCGAUCCGUGGAGAAAGAGGAGGAGCGGGCGCGGGAGAGGGAGGAGGAGAGGGAGAGGGAGAGGGAGAGGGAGAGGGAGAGAGAGGAGGAGAGGGAAGAAGAGAGGGAAGAGAGGGUGCAGGAGAGGAGGAAGGAGAAGGAGGAGAAGGCAAGGAGUGGGAAAUCGAGGGAAGGUGGGAAGGAGACAGGGAGAGCGAAGGGGAGAGAGGGCGCAGGCGGAAGGGUGUUUGGGAAGAAGGCGGGGGCAGGGGGGCAUGGGGCGGGGAUCGGCGGGACUGCUGCAUCGUUUGACUUCUCCAUGGUGUUUGGGGGGAGGGACGGCGGGCGGGGGAAGGGGGAGAAGGGGGAGAGGCGGGAAGCGGAGGCGGAAGGGAAGGGGGAGAGGGAGAAGGGGCAAGUGUCUCGGUCUGUGGAUUGGGCAGAGAUUGGGAGGAUUGAGAGGGGAGAGGUGGUUGUGGGGAGCGAAGGGAGUGAGAGCGUGGAGUGGGAGGAGGCUGGGGAGGGGAGCGAGAGCAUUGGAGUGUUGGUUUUUGAAGAGGGAGGGUCGGCGGAGGAAGUAGAGGCGAAAGGCAAGGGGCAGGAGCAGGAGCAGGAGCAGGAGCAGGAGGAGAAGGAAGCGAGGGAGAGGGAGGAGAGGGAGAAAGAGGAGAGACUCGCAGCGGUGGCAGCGGCUGCAAGAGCAGCUGCUGAGGCGGCAGCAAAGGCUGCCGUUGCAGGCAGCACUGGUGGCAGUGCAGCAGAGCUAAUGGACGGAUGGGUGGUGGAGGAGGAGGGUUCGUCGUGCGAGUCGUGCACACAGUCGUCUUCACACUCGUCUGAGGACAGAGUGACAAACCUGGCUGCCAGCGUGGCAGUAGCAGCAACACCAGGAGUCAACGCUGCCACUGGCAACAGCAGCAGCACUGGCAAGGCCAAGGCGAAAGAGCAGAAGAGUCAGAAGAGCGAGCAGACUGGCACACCCGGCGCCAAGCCUGAAGGGGUGAAGCUCACCAGGUCCGGUAGCGGCAGCAGGUCUGGCAACCGCAGCAGGUCCGGAAGCAAGGCCACCAGCGGUGGCAGCAGGUCCGGCAGCGGUUCGGCGGGCGUGGCACGGGCUGGUGCUACCAGUGCGAGCAAGAGCAAGAGUAAGAGCAGAGGCACCACUGGCAGCAUCGGCAGCACUGCCAAAAGCAGCGGUGGGAAGAGUGCCAACAGCAAGGGAAGCAGCGUCAAGAGCAGCAAGACAGCAAAGCCAGCAGGAGGAGCAGGGACGAAGGGACGCACGGCCAGCGCGCCUCUAGCGCCCGUGCUGGACCCUGUCACGCAGAGCCUAGUGGAACCUGUCAUUCAGGCGGUGGUGAUUGAUGGGGGGGAAGAGGGUGAUGUUGCCGCCGCAGCAGCAGCAGCAGCAGUAGGCACAGAAGCAGUAAGAGCAGGGUCAGGAGUGGCAGACGCAGCAGCAGAGCAGUUUGGCAUGCCGGUGGCGCUGCUGCCGUGCGUGCACUCGGAAUUCACUAGCAUUGGCCUGCCUGCCGCCCCUGCUGGCACCGCUGCUGCUGCUCAGCCUUGUGAGAUUGCACCGGCUGCUGCCCCUGUGGUGACUUCAGCAGGUGCUGUGGAUGCUGCUCCUUCCACCCCACCACCUGCUUCCAAGUCCACUCCUGACAAGAAACCACAGCAGCUGCAGGGCCAGCAGGGGCAGCAGCAGCAGCAGCAGCAGCAGCAGCAGCAGGAGCAGCAGCAGCAGGAGCAGCAGGAGCAGGAGGCAGAGGGGAAGAGGCAGAUCCCACGCGUGUCCUUCGCAGCGGUGGCGCUGCUGCUGGUACCAGGCGUGGGAGUGGAGCAGGUGGCAGUGCGCAUGCACACCGACGACCACCGCGCCCCCCUCAUCAGCCGCAGCGGCGUGCCCGCCCGCUCCACCUCCCCUGGCAGAGGCUCGCCCUCCCCCAGUAAAACCCACCCUUCCUCCUCUUCCUCCACGUCGACCUCCUCCUCCUCCCCAUCCCCUGGUAGAGGCUCUGCUUCCGCUGCGUUUUCAGGCUUCUCUCCCUCUCCUGCGUCUGUCAAGAGUGGGAUGAUUUCGCCCAGGGGAUUGAUUUCAGGCAGGGCAGGGUCAGGCAUGGUGUCGCCAGGGAGGAAGAAUGUUGCUUCACCGGGCAGAGAACUUUUGUCUCCGGGCAGGGGUGUCGCCAGGGCUGGGAGUCGGGAAGCUGCUGGUGGUGGUUGGAGCGACCAUGAGUCAGAGAGUUGCGAUGAAGCAGCCCCCAGGGAGCACAGGGCGCCCACGCCUGCACGCCCCCGCCGCUCCGUCUCCCAGACCGCCCAGUCGUCCGACGCCCCACUCGUGCGCUCCGCCUCCACACCCCCUGCUGCCGCCUACACCUCCUCCUCCGCUGCUGCCUCUGCUGCUGCUUCCACUGCUGCGGCCUCAGCUGCCGCUGCCGCCUCGCCUGCUGUGGCGUGCACGCCGUGCGUCACCACAGCUGCAUCGUCCAUGCGCCAUCGCAUGAAGGACUAUGACCAGUCGCGCAUUGACCGCCUCAGAGACGGUGUGCCCCUGGCGGCACGUGAUUCUGCGCAAGCUGGCCUGCCCCUUGUGCGCGACUCCUCUCUGCCUCUGCCUCUCGUCCGUGAUUCCUCCCUCCCGGCUCGCCUCUCACACCACCAGCCAACCCACCAGCAGCUACAGCAGCAGCAGCAGCAGGGGGCAGGAGGCAACCACCAGAUGCCAGCGCCUAUUCCUGAGGACGAGGAGGUUCUCCCACUGCGAUCCCGCCGCAGCUCCAAGUCCCCCUCGCACACCUCCUCCCACCUCACAGCACAGGCAGGCGCCACUCCCCGCCACCCCCGCGCUGCUGCUCCCUCUGCCAAGGCCUCCCCGGCCCAGAGCAGCAGCAAGGGAUCCCCUGCUGUCCCCUCCGUUUCAUCUGCCAGACUCUCCUACUCGACCCCUCCGUCACCCGCACGGUUCGGCCUCGUCCCUCCGUCCCCGACCCACUCCCUCGUCUCCUCCACGUUCGCUCGAAUCCCCGCCUCUCCUGGCCGGGAUCUGUUUGGGGGAUCAGCUUUCAGCAAGGAGCGAAAGGUGGAUCAUGGCGCAGUAGAGGGCGUGGGAAAGCUGUCAAAGGUGCCUGAGGAUCCGGGAGAGAAGGCAGGAGGGGAGAAGGUGAAGGACUUGAAGCACAAGUGGAGGUUUCCCAGCAUGCUGCUCCGAGUGGGCGGUGGGAAAUCGUGA